AGGGGCGUGGCCAGGACCGGAGUUCCGUGUGCGCGCGCCGAUGACGUAAGCACGGCGCCGAGGCAGCGGUUGGGCCCGAGCGGCGGCGCCUGGAAGAUGACGCGGACGGCGCGCUGAGAAGAGUUCCGGGGUGCAGACAUGGCGUGCGGCGGCCGGAGGCCGGAGCACCGAGGACCCCCCGAGCUGUUUUACAACGAAGAUGAGGCCCGGAAGUACACGCACAACUCACGGAUGAUUGAAAUCCAGACACAGAUGUCAGAACGGGCAGUGGAGCUUCUCAGUCUGCCGGAGGACCAGCCCUGCUUCCUCUUGGAUGUUGGUUGUGGUUCUGGUCUCAGUGGUGACUUCAUCUCAGAGCAGGGGCACUACUGGGUGGGCAUCGACAUUAGCUCUGCCAUGCUGGAUGUGGCUGUGGAUCGAGAAGUGGAAGGUGACCUGCUCCAGGGGGACAUGGGUCAGGGCAUCCCCUUCAGACCAGGGUCAUUUGAUGGUUGUAUUAGCAUUUCCGCUGUCCAGUGGCUUUGCAACGCUGACCAGAAGACACACAACCCUGCCAAGCGCUUGCACCGCUUCUUUUCAUCGCUUUAUUCUGCUCUGGCCCGAGGAGCUCGAGCCGUCCUGCAGUUGUAUCCUGAGAAUGCUGAGCAGUUGGAGCUGAUCACAGCCCAGGCAAUGAAAGCUGGUUUCACUGGAGGUAUGGUGGUGGACUUCCCCAACAGUGCUAAAGCCAAGAAGUUCUUCCUCUGUCUAUUUGCUGGCACCUCGGGUGCGUUGCCCAAGGGCCUGGGCACCGAGUGUGGAGAUGGACAGGAGGUGAAAGAGUCCAAGUUCUCCAAUGAAAGGAUGCGGUAUAAGACGGCAAAGGGGAAGUUGGUGAAGAAGAGCCGAGACUGGAUCCUUGAGAAGAAGGAGCGGCGGCGGCGGCAGGGCAAGGAGGUCCGAGCUGACACGCGCUACACUGGCCGCAAGCGGAGGCCCCAUUUUUGAGCUGCUGCUCACGUCCUUCGGAGCCAGCCUCGAGCUCACUCCCUUUGCUAUUUGGGCAGCUUCAGCUUGGCUCCUUCGUCUGCCUCAGUCCAGCCUUUGCUGCAGCCUGGCCUGCUGCUGGGUUAUCCACCUCCCGGGAGAGCAAGGCCGAGAUGCCUGUUGGAUCCUGAGGCCACAGAACUGGGCCCGAGGUUUGCAG